AUGUCUCAAUCACUCCGACCUUACCUGCAAUGUGUACGCAGCAGCUUGACCGCCGCCCUCACCCUGUCCAACUUUGCCUCCCAGACGGCCGAGCGACACAAUGUCCCCGAGAUUGAGGCCCAGACGUCCCCCGAGGUCCUCCUGCAGCCCCUGACCAUUGCGCGCAACGAGAACGAGCGCGUCCUGAUCGAGCCCAGCAUCAACUCUGUCCGCAUCAGCAUCAAGAUCAAGCAGGCCGACGAGAUUGAGCACAUUCUGGUCCACAAGUUUACGAGAUUCCUGACGCAACGUGCCGAGUCGUUCUUUAUCCUGCGGAGGAAGCCCAUCAAGGGUUACGACAUCUCCUUCUUGAUAACAAACUUCCACACCGAGGAGAUGCUUAAGCACAAGCUUGUGGACUUUAUCAUUCAGUUUAUGGAGGAGGUUGACAAGGAGAUCUCUGAGAUGAAGCUAUUUUUGAACGCCCGAGCACGAUUCGUGGCCGAGUCUUUCCUUACACCUUUUGACUAA